UCCCCGAAAAACAACUCACUUCAGAGUGAUGCUAGUAAUCACUGGCCCCCAUAAACGAUCUGGUAUGACCUAGGAUGGAUAAGCUUCGGUCUUCCGGCCUAAAUGCUGUUAUAUGGCCAUGUUUUCAUAGCCUAUACCAAAUAAGUCCAGUUCCGUGUCUUCACACUGCGUGGGUGUUCCUCACGAAAGUGAAAGCGAGAAUCCGAACAUCUGACGCUUACAACCGUACUGGUAAAUAUGCAGCUCUACCUAGGGAAGCUCAUUCCAAACCUACAGUGUACAUUGACUCCAGAAUCAGAAAGGAUAGUCUGAAGAAUGAACCUGUUUGUGUUAUCAACACCCGUGGGAACGUAGUUCCUGACUGUGCUGCACUGCCAUGUGUGUAGGACUUCAGGUGAGAGGCUCGGAGUGGGGUGGUUUUGGACUACCGAGCAGUAUCCCAGUCUUCGCCGGCUUAGGC